AUGGUGGUAUUCCACGUGAAGCGCGGCGACCGCAGCGAGUUUCUGUUCGAGGCGUCGGUGUCCACCAGCAAUGGCGAGCUGAUCCGGUCGCUGUGUCGCCUGCAGAACCUGCGCCUGCGUCUGGCGGCGCUGGCUGAGGCGCUGGAAGGUUUGGGGCGGUACGGCGUGGCCAAGCCCCCGCAAGAGCAGGGGCUGGACGCGUACCAAGAGGGCGCCGCCACCAAGCAACGCGGCGAGUUCUACGAGGCAGACCCGCUGGGCCACCGCACGGGCGAAGGCGUGAGUCCGCAGCUGCGGGACGUGCUGGCGCGGGUAGCCGCGGACGCCAAGACGAUGCUGGACAGCAAGACGCAAGUGGCGCGUCGCGUCUGCGUCCAGGAGAGUGAGCUGCUGGAGAAGCUGCAGAACAUCCGCGGAGCUGUGGCAAUGGCGUUCCCCAUGGGACUGCCGGCUCACGACCCCGUGAAGCUCAUGCUGGACGCCGAGAGCACGGAGGAGGCGCUGGCAGACUCGUCGGCCGUGCUCGAGGUCUUGCCGGAAGACACGGCGGAGCUCUGGUGGGCUGGCAAGCAGUUCUUCCGGGACCAGCACGUGCGCGACCUGGCGGGCAAGAAUGAGAAGUCAACGCUCAUUGUCAAGCUGCAGAAGAAGGGCGGUGGCGCUCCGAGUCGCGAGCCGGGAGUGAGUGAGGACGAGCGCAAGGCAAUGAUGGCCUUCUACUUCAAGAAGCAGCAGGAGCUGCAGCAGGCGGCGGAGGAUGACGCCGAGGAUUACAUGACAUCGUCCUGGGCGGAUCCCAAGGCGCUCAAGAACUCGCUGCGCGGCACUGGUAACAUUCGACCCUUUUGA